AAAGUUACUGAUAGAUCAAUCACUUGUACUCCCAAGUGUCUCUAAUGCCUCUUUAGCAAUUUUCUUCAGCAUUUACUUCAUGAUCGUCCAUAAUUAUUGACACAUUGCCUAUGAAGAUUGGAGACAAGAUCAUAAACGAUUGUGGGAUGGGCAUGAAAUCUCUAGCAUAGCAUCCCACGCGGAAACGUCCUUCUAUGUUCUAAGUAUGGUCCUAACCCUUACGGCCCUACCUCUAGGUGCAGUUCAAUGGACCAACCGGCUCCAUGCGUGUGCAUUGGCAGCCCACAUGCGCUUUCGGACUAACGCAGUGCCAAACCACCACACUCCCGCUUAUCUUCAACCAAAUGCUGCCACGACACCGGUCCACAUUCAGAGUUGGGCGAUCCUUAUAAUCGAUCAUAUCCGCAUCUACAUUUCCACCACAUGUUGUUAGGAGUAAUAUAGAAGAUAAACUCUAUCAGAUUCACAUUCCUUCGCAAGAAGAAAAGAUCCACAGAUAUUUUUAGAAAAUCAAGAUUCACAGAUAUUCCCCAAGCUGACCUGCAUAUCUCCCAUGAUCCAGCUUCAGUAAUUCGGGUCGGGGAGGGGAGGGGGCCGUGUACCCCGCCGCGCUUUUCGCUCUCGAGAAAAAGUUACGGGAUCCGCGUCCAAAAGCAACGGACAAAAUCGCGAUGGCAACGGCACCAAAGAUUCACGCACUGGUACGCGGGGGUUCACCGGCAUGGCGAUGUCUGUCUCACUCUCGUCUCGUCUCCGCUCCUUCUCCACCCGCUCGCCACGAACCAGCUGACAGUCAAAACCGAUUGAGAAAGGAGCAACCUACCCACUGGCUACGUCCCCGCGGGACCCACACACCCACAGCCCGCUACGUGCUCGCUCGCUCCGGUCGUGUGCCGCCGUAUAGCUCCGCGGUUCUUGGCUGAACCCCAUUAAUUUGAGCCUGUCUCUAGCCUCUUCCCGUGGAAGCGGCGCGAAUCUUGGCUGAGGGCGAGCCUCUGCGCGGUGCCGGGGCAAUGGCGGUGCAGCACUCCCUCCAGGUGAUCGACGGCCGCUGCGACGACGACGGGAGCCCGCCCCGGACCGGGACCGCGUGGACGUGCGCGGCGCACAUCAUCACGGCGGUGAUCGGGUCCGGGGUGCUGUCGCUGGCCUGGGGCGUGGCGCAGCUGGGGUGGGUGGCCGGGCCGGCGUGCAUGCUGUGCUUCGCGCUCGUCACCUACGUCUCCGCCUCCCUCCUCUCCGACUGCUACCGCUGCCACGACGCCGAGAAGGGGCCCAGGAACCGCUCUUACAUGGACGCCGUCCGCGUCUACCUCGGCAAGAAGCAGACCUGGGCUUGCGGCUCGCUGCAGUACCUGAGCCUGUACGGCUGCGGCGUCGCGUACACCAUCACCACCGCCACUAGCAUCAGGGCGAUUCUGAAGGCCAACUGCUACCACGCGCACGGGCACGACGCGCCCUGCAGCUUCGACGGCAGCUACUACAUGCUAAUGUUCGGCGGGGUACAGCUCCUUCUCUCCUCCAUACCGGACUUCCACGACAUGGCGUGGCUCUCCGUCGUCGCCGCGGUCAUGUCUUUCUCCUACGCCUUCAUCGGCCUCGGCCUUGGCCUCGCCAACACCAUCUCUAACGGCGUCAUCAAAGGGAGCAUAACGGGUGUCCCAAUGAAAACCCCUGUCGCCAAGGUAUGGCGCGUCUCACAGGCCAUCGGCGACAUUGCGUUCGCGUACCCGUACUCCUUGAUCCUCCUAGAAAUUCAGGACACCCUCAAGUCGCCACCGGCCGAGAACAAGACGAUGAAGAAGGCGUCCAUCAUCUCCAUCCUGGUCACCACCUUCUUCUACCUCUGCUGCGGCUGCUUCGGGUACGCCGCCUUCGGGAACGACGCGCCGGGGAACCUCCUCACCGGCUUCGGCUUCUACGAGCCCUACUGGCUCAUCGACUUCGCCAACGCCUGCAUCAUCCUCCACCUGCUCGGCGGCUACCAGGUGUACAGCCAGCCGAUCUACCAGUUCGCGGACAGGCACUUCGCGGAGCGGUACCCGGGGAGCGGGUUCGUGAACGACUUCCACACGGUGAAGGUGCCGCUGCUGCCGCCCUACAGGGUAAACCUCCUGCGGGUGUGCUUCCGGACGGCGUACGUGGCGAGCACGACGGCCGUGGCCAUCUUCUUCCCCUACUUCAACGAGAUCCUGGCGCUGCUGGGCGCGCUCAACUUCUGGCCGCUGGCCAUCUACUUCCCCGUGGAGAUGUACUUCAUCCAGCGGAAGGUGCCCCGCUGGUCCACCAGGUGGCUCCUCCUCCAGGGCUUCAGCACCGUCUGCCUGCUCAUCAGCGCCUUCGCGCUCGUCGGCUCCAUCCAGGGGGUCAUCAGCCAGAAGCUAGGCUAGUAUAGCAUAUAUGAUGUGCUCAUGAUAGAGAGAUUAUCCUUCGGGUUGGAACUUGAUUGCUGCUUUCUACUACUGUAAUGGUGAUGGAGAAUGUCACUACUGGGGAGCAUUAGGUUUCUCCCUCCGUGGCGAUGAACAACCAAGUACGUACAAGCCUGUUGUAUCUGCAGGACCGCAGCGCAGUGGCACGCCGUUUUCAGUGCCUUCCUUUCUGGCUUGUUCAUUGGACUGAAACCUGUACACAUGUUAGAUUUUCAGGUUACUUGAGUUGAGGUUACUUUCUGGCAA